AUGUACCAAUAUAACCAAGCUAGAGCGAGCUUCGCCCACAGAGCCAAUGAUGUUUCCCAUCCCCUGUCCAACUACCUGUUGCGAUUGAUGGAAUUGAAGAAGUCCAACCUGUGCCUCGGCGCCGAUGUUGCAUCGGCACGAGAGUUGGUGCACCUGGCCGACAAAAUUGGUCCUUCCAUCGUGGUUCUCAAGACACACUACGAUCUUGUCGCAGGAUGGGACUACAACCCGCAAACUGGCACCGGCGCUAAGCUGGGCGCUCUGGCAAGGAAACACGGCUUCCUCAUUUUUGAAGACCGCAAGUUUGGCGAUAUUGGCAGCACAGUCCAGAUGCAGUACACCGCCGGCUCGGCCCGCAUCAUCGACUGGGCACACAUUGUCAACGUGAACAUGGUCCCGGGCAAGGCCGCAGUGGAUGCCCUGGCGGAGGCUGCUGCUAAGUGGCGAUCCCGUGUCAACUACGAAGUGAAGACGUCUGUCACUGUUGGCACUCCACUUGCCGACAACUACGAGGAAAACGCUGUUGACGAGGAAGACGACCGUCUCGCGCCAAUGGAACCUAGCUCUUCGGGCAACUACGCCGCGAGACAACAGGAAAGCAGGAAAGGGAGCAUCGUCUCCAUCACUACGGUUACGCAAUCUUUUGAACCGGUUGACUCGCCUCGAUUUUCCAACGGAAACCAUGAUGGGCACGAUGUUGUGUACGCUGGCAUUGAAGAGCCCCCAUGGGAUCGUGGCCUCCUCAUCUUGGCGCAAAUGUCCAGUAAGGGCAACUUCAUGAACAAGGAGUACACGCAGGCUUGCGUUGAGGCGGCGAGAGAGCACAAGGACUUUGUCAUGGGCUUUAUUUCACAAGAAAGUCUGAACUCUGAUCCCGCUGACACCUUCCUUCACAUGACACCCGGAUGCCAAUUGCCACCAGAGGGAGAGAGUGAGGAGAAUGGUGUAGUCGAAGGUGACGGUCUCGGUCAACAGUACAACACGCCGUCAAAACUCGUGGGUCUCUGUGGAACGGACAUCAUCAUUGUUGGACGCGGCAUCCUCAAUGCGGGCGACCAGCAGGCCGAGGCCGAGCGUUACCGAAGACGAGCAUGGAAGGCGUAUAUGCAAAGAACAGGGCGGUGAAGGGUUAGUUACAGUGGCAGAAGGAAAUUUCCCCAAGCAUUUCGCAGUAUUUGACUUUUGAGCUUGGAGUUUUGGCUCUGCAAUGGAUGCUGCUAUUGGUUGGGCAGUCGGGCCUAAACCAAACAAACGAGUGAAUGCUCUGGGGAUCGGGGGAUUAUACACUUGCCAACAUCGUGGGACAUUGUGUUUGUUCUGUAGAAGUUUUGAGACCGAGCAAACAUCAGGUUCUAGUGCCAGGAUGUAUGUACCAUUACUCACAACAGCCACGCGAAGAGUUAAUCAUAGUACCACCCUCAGUGAAAGUUCUAGUAUACGGGGUCGUAUUCCAGGCUCUGGGCCCGGGCAAUAACACCUAUUUAAUAAGAACUCAAGCAGUAACCACCGG